CCCGCUCCACCGCGACCAACGCACUGCGCGCGACCCACGCCCUCUCCCAUAAGAAUCGCCCACGCCCACUCCAGCCUCCUCGGCCUUUGCGCAGGCCAGCAACGCCCGGAAGAGCGAUGCCUGGAGAGCUCCUGCGGACGUCGGACGACGCCGCGACCCUCACCAAGACGACCAAGCGCAUCACCCCGACCAUGUCGUCGCACCUCUACCUGAUCGGGGACAGCGACGUCAUCUACGAGCAGGACAUCAUCCGCAAUCCGGGCUCCGUCAAGCCCUGGCUCGAGUAUGCCGCCUUCAAGCGUCAGCACGGCACCCUGCUCGAGCAGGCCUUCGUCCUCGAGCGCGCCUGCACCACUCUGCCGCGCUCCUACAAGCUGUGGAAGAUGUACCUGGAUCUCAGGACCAAGCACUUGAAGGGCAAAAAUCCCGCAAAGUUCCAGGCGCAUUAUGUCAAGGUUAACGCCCUGUUCGAGCGCGCGCUGGUCCUCCUCAACAAGAUGCCUCGGAUCUGGGAGAUGUACCUCGAAUUGCUGAUGCAGCAGCCUCUGGUCACGACGACCCGCCGGACGUUUGACAGGGCUCUGCGCGCUCUGCCCAUCACUCAACACAACCGGAUUUGGGCGCUGUACAAGCCAUUCGCGACGUCGGCAUCCGGAGACACCGCCGUCAAAAUCUGGAGAAGAUACAUGCAAAUUCACCCAGAACACAUGGAAGACUUCAUUGCUCUUCUGGUCGACAUGCGGCAAUACACCGAGGCCGUCAAGAAGUACAUGGAAAUUCUCAACAACCCCAAGUUCAAGAGCAAGGAAGCAAAAGGGCCCUUCCAAUUCUGGACGGAAAUGGUCGAGCUCCUGAUUGAUCACGCGAAAGAAAUUAACACGGGAGAUGAUGUUGGGAUCGACGUGGAGAAGAUCAUCCGGAGCGGCAUCGCUAAAUUUUCGGACCAGAGAGGCAUUCUUUGGGUUGGUCUUGCGCGUUACUGGAUCAACAAGGGCGAUUAUGAAAGGGCGCGGGACGUCUUCGAAGAGGGCAUUACCACCGUGAUGACCGUUCGUGAUUUCUCCAUUGUUUUCGACGCGUACGCGGAGGCAGAGGAGGCGCUGAUUGGCAUUAAGAUGGACGAGGCAACUCAGCGGACUGAGAAGGGCAAGGUUGACGAAGACGCAGACUUAGACCUCGACAUUCGGAUGGAGCGGUUUGAACAACUCAUGGAUCGUCGGCCUUUCCUCGUUAAUGAUGUGCUGCUCCGACAGAACCCGAACAACGUCGCCGAAUGGGAAAAGCGCGUCGGUCUGUGGGGAGACAACAAGAAAGAGAUCGUCAAAACGUACACCGACGCUAUUGCCGCCAUCAAUCCAAAGAGGGCUACGGGCAGGUUCCACGAGCUCUGGACGAACUACGCCAAGUUUUACGAGCAGGCCGGUGAGCUGCAGAACGCACGGAUCAUUAUGGAAAAGGCUGUUAAGGUCCCUUACAAAUCAGUUGCCGAACUCGCCGAGACGUGGUGUGAGUGGGCGGAGAUGGAGCUUCGUAACGAGGAGUUUGACCGCGCCGUGGACAUCAUGGCAAAGGCUACCCAAGCGCCCAAGCGGUCGACUGUUGACUACUUUGAUGAAAGUCUGUCGCCGCAGCAACGAGUGCACAAGAGCUGGAAGCUGUGGAGCUUCUACGUUGACUUGGUUGAGAGUGUCAGUUCGCUUGAGGAAACCAAGAAAGUUUACGAACGCAUUUUUGAGUUGCGGAUUGCCACUCCCCAGACCGUCGUCAACUAUGCCAACCUUCUCGAGGAAAACCAGUACUUUGAGGAGUCGUUUAAGGUGUAUGAGCGCGGUCUUGACCUCUUCAGCUACCCUGUGGCUUUUGAGUUGUGGAAUCUGUACCUCACCAAGGCUGUUGAUCGUAAGAUCAGUAUUGAGAGGCUGCGCGACCUCUUCGAGCAGUCGAUCGAAGACUGCCCACCCAAGUUUGCAAAAGUUUUGUACCUCAUGUACGGUUCGCUGGAGGAAGAGCGCGGGCUUGCCCGUCACGCCAUGCGCAUCUACGAGCGUGCCACUCGCGCAGUUGCGGACGAGGACAGGAUGGAGAUGUUCAACUUUUACAUCACCAAGUCCGCCUCGAACUUUGGACUCACCUCCACGCGGCCUAUUUACGAGCGCGCCAUUUCUGCGCUGCCAGACAACGAGGCCAAGGAUAUGUGCCUCAAGUUCGCCGAGAUGGAGAGACGGUUGGGCGAAAUCGACCGUGCAAGGGCCAUCUACGGCCAUGCCAGCCAGUUCUGCGACCCGAGAACGAGCCCGGAUUUCUGGCAGAAAUGGGAAAGCUUCGAAGUGCAGCACGGAAACGAGGACACUUUCAAGGAGACGCUCCGCAUCAAGAGAAGCGUCCAGUCCCAGUACAACACCGACGUCAACUACAUCGCUUCCCAAGCCCUUGCCCGCAGCCAGGCACCAAACGGCGAGGCCCUCGACGAGCAAGGAAAGGCCGAUGCCAUGGCCGAACUCGAACGCCAAGCCCGAGCUCCCGAGGGCUUCGUUCCAGCCAGCGCGGGACCGGAGGGAGUCAAGAAGGGCGCCGAUGCUCCUCCAGCAAACCCCGAUGCCAUCGACGUCGACAUCGACGAUUUGUAGUUUUGCAUCAGGCACAUACAAUUGGCUGAGUCAGCUCCUUCUUCUACUUCUUCAUUUUUCUUUGUCUUAUUCACUGCUUGUUUCUUCUCCGACUCGGUUGGGUUCGCGUUUAGCGUCAUGCUCGUCAAGACGGCUUUUUGUUUCUUUUUUUUUUUUUUUUUU